UAGAGGGCAGCAGACAGAUACUGGUACACUGGGCACAGUGUACUGGUAAUUAGAUGGGGGAUUGGAUAAAAGAAGAUAAACAUAUCCAUGUGGAUUCCAGCACCUCCUGCAUCCCCAAGCCAGGAAGGCUCCAUUGGACUCAUUUAAUUAGAACCAGGUCUCUCGAGAUGUGGCCGCAGCAACCCUGAUGCUUGGAUGGGGUCUGAGCAGGAAAAGGAGUGUGCCAAGACCUUGCCAACAAAGCUGAUGCCAGCAGGUGGACCCCGUGACUGGGGCCCUUGGGGUCCGGGGCCGGGCUGGGCCAGCAGGCCUGGACUCCCACCCAUUAGCCCAUGAGCACUGCCUAGCGGCAGACCUGGAGACCUCCCCACCUGAAUCCGGGGUGUUACUUGGGAAAAUCCCUAAACCUCAGUAACUUCUCUCCCUAUUGGGUUCCUUUGUUGUCAGAUAUCUGGACAUUUAAGGGCCAGCAGCUUUCUGACCCAUUUCAGCCAAGGGUUCAGGUUCCCCACUCACCUUUUCCCCUCCCCAGCCCAUCCCUGGCCUGGCCCCUGUGAGGAAUUUCCUGAGCCAGACAGUGGCCGAAAGAGCCGGUGCCCACCCCAGCGCGACUCUCCCAUCACCGCCCAGACCAGUACCCUGUGCCCAACCCCAGCGGGUGCGGGAUGACAGGCUCUGACAAUCAUUAAACCAGCCGGGCCUGAUUUCCCAGCACCGCCUGCUAGGAUCCGGGCCAAGUGGCGCAUAAUAUGCAAAUCACCUGGGGCCAAGAGCCCAGUCUAAAGGCCAGGAAAUCCCCUCCAUCCAAUAAGCCAGCAGCUCAGGUUACCGCCAGGAAAGGCGCUAUAAAGACCAGGGCGCGGGGAGGAGUUCACGCACGGCUCUAUUUAGGGCGGGGUGGGGGAGGAAGGUGGCCAGACAACUCGGCACUACCUGGCGGAGCUUUGCGCCUUCUGGAUUACUCGCCUGCCCGCUGUCCCCUUAGCCUGCCUGCCCACCACACCCGCACCCCGCGUCACUCCGACAAGGCCAGCUGGUCGGGAGAGCAGCCCCAGUUCUGGUCGAAGGCCCAGGUUCUGGACUGGAUCAGCUACCAAGUGGAGAAGAACAAGUACGAUGCCAGCUCCAUUGACUUCUCACAGUGUGACAUGGACGGGGCCACGCUCUGCAGCUGCGCCCUGGAGGACCUGCGCCUGGUCUUCGGGCCUCUGGGGGACCAACUCCAUGCCCAGCUGCAGGACCUCACUUCCAGCUCUUCUGACGAACUUAGCUGGAUCAUUGAGCUCCUGGAGAAGGACGGCAUGUCCUUCCAGGAGCCCCUAGGAGACUCAGUCCCCUUUGACCAGGGAAGCCCCUUUGUCCAGGAGCUGCUAGAGGACAGCCGGCUCAGCCCGUACUACCCAGGUGGCUAUGGCGCAGGCACCCCCUCCCCAGGCAGCUCUGACCUCUCGACUGCAGGUGAGAGCCCGUGCCUGGACACAGCCUCCCUUCCCCUCAGUGCCCGCAGCUGUGGGCUGGUGAGGCAGCUCACUCUGACUCUGCCUCCCCCAGGGACUGGUGCUUCCCAGAGCCCCCACUCAGACUCUGGUGGAAGCGAUGUGGACCUGGAUACCACCGACAGCAAGCUCUUCCCCAGUGAUUGCUUUCCUGACUAUAAGAAGGGGGAUCCUAAGCAUGGGAAGCGGAAACGGGGUCGGCCCCGAAAGCUGAGCAAGGAGUCCCGGGAGUGUCUGGAGGGCAAAAAGAGCAAGCACGCCCCUAGAGGUACCCACCUGUGGGAGUUCAUCCGGGACAUCCUCAUCCACCCAGAGCUCAAUGAGGGCCUCAUGAAGUGGGAGAACCGGCACGAGGGUGUCUUCAAGUUCCUGCGCUCCGAGGCAGUGGCCCAGCUGUGGGGCCAAAAGAAGAAAAACAGCAGCAUGACCUACGAGAAGCUCAGCCGUGCGAUGAGGUACUACUACAAACGGGAGAUCCUCGAACGGGUGGAUGGCCGGCGGCUUGUCUACAAGUUUGGCAAAAACUCUAGUGGCUGGAGGGAAGAAGAGGUUGUCGGGAGUCGGAACUGAGGGUCUUGUACUUACAGACCCGGGACCAAACUCAUGAACUCAGAGCCUGCAGCCCCUCCUGGGAGGCCAGGCGGGCGAGGUGGCUGCCCCAGUUUGGACGUGCUCUCGGGUAUUGCUUCUGCAGAGAGACACUGAAAUCUUGGUUUAUCGUCAACCAUUGUCCUGGGAUUUGGGACAUGUGGCCUCUUCUCUCUGCCUUUCUCUUGGAAUUACAAACCCUGGUGUUUGAAGUGACUUGUGCUGUUGACUCUGUAGCUGCAAGUGCAGCGUCUUUUAUUCGGUGCCUCCUCCAACCCAAUCCCCGGAGCCAGCUGCAGAUGGCACCUUCCUCCCCAGACGCCUGGACUGUGCCAAGGAGGCCAGGGGAGGCCUCAGGGGAGCACCGUGAGAGAGAGGACAGGACAUGACCCUCCAGUCUCCUCUGGACCGGCUCCCACCUCCCGUCUCAGCGCUUGGACUCCGCGGGCGAGGGUCAGAGCACUCCCUAAUUUAUGUGCUAUAAAUAUGUCAGAUGUACAUACAGAUCUAUUUUUUCUAAGACAUUCCCCUCCCCACUCCUCUCCCGCUGAAUGCUCGUGGCCAGACUGGCUGAUCCAGGCCAUCAGCUGGUGGGGAAGGUGACACUGCUGGGACCCUCAGGGGGGCUCCUGGCUUCUUUCUGCCAUGAGUGGAGGCAGAGACCUCCAAUAAAGUGCCUUCUGGGCUUUUUCUAA